CAUCCUUGAUGUUGAGUAGUAAUGUAUGUACUUAGUUGUUUUACGCACUUACAGAAAUGAGAUGAGUGUGUUUAUGUACAACAUGUAGGAGAAUGUCCCAUUUUUAGCAUCCGUUAGUGGACUGACACGAAAAAAAGAUGCUCUCUUCAUCGACCACUGAGCAGUGCUCUUUGACUCUGGUAGAGUCAGAGGACCUACGUGGAGCGGAUAAGUGGAUGGGCGGCGCCCUAGAUCCAGAAACCGGAACCAUCUACGGUAUUCCCGGAUCUGCCACUCACGUUCUCAGGAUAUCGUCAUCUUCGUUCUUAGGAUACGUCAAGUGCGAAUCGGCUCACCACGACACAGAUGCAGGCACUCCGCUAAACCAUGCUGCGUUGUUGGUUAGACAUCCACUCAGGGGACCGGGACGCAAGGAAUACUACUCUGAGGCGGCAUGCCGGAAAAUAGAAGCGCGAAGGGCGAAUGAAAGGAAAACCAAAGGAAGCACUUCUGCAAUAGCCAACAAGAGCGGAACAAGCACCCCUACAACUGUAGAAACGUUCCCUACGAACCUACACCUCGAAACGUGCACUCCACCUGCUAGCACUGCGGUUGUAGCGUCACCUACGAAACAAGUCAGCGCAGUGGAUCCACCUCCCUCUCCUCGCAGUGAAAAUAGCACUGUAGCUUCUGUGGGUGACGAAGACGCUGGUGGAAACAGUAAAAGCAGCUCGCCGAACACUGCUGCUGGAGAGAGGACAAGAGCAUCGAUGGAAUUCAGCGACGAUGUCGAAGAACGAAGUAAGAGGAGCAAAACUGAGCCUGUUAUUGUUUCCUCUGCCAUUCCUGGGAACAGGUUUAAAUGGCUUAGAGGCGUUUACUCACCAACGGACCGCAGCAUUUAUGGCGUACCCUGCAACGCUCGCGAGGUCUUACGGAUUUGCUGUGACACAGACCGGGUCGAAGCACUUCAUAUUUGUUCUACCAAAGGGGAACGGACAUCUUCUGCGAAAUCGACAUCAAAGUCACAUAGUACGUGGCAGUGGCAUGGAGGCUGUUUUCUCGACACUUCUAGGACGAUUCUCGCUGUUCCCUGUAAUGCGUCGCGCGUGCUUCAGAUUGCGCCGGGAGGUGAGCAAGCAUCCGCUCAAGUCUGUGGACCUGACAUAGAUGCGAUGAUCCGAGCCGCUCUAGAUCCAGAGACAACGUCAUCCGCCACCUCCGCGACAGGUCAAGAUGAAGCAAAAACGAUAGCUACAACUUGCUUAUCGCCAGAAGUACUGCUGACCCGAAACAAGUACUAUGGCGGACUCGUUUCGCCUAAAAACGGGGCGUUUUACUGCAUUCCCUUCAACGCGCCGCGUGCUCUCAGAGUAGAUGCUGAGCGUCACGACGGGGUAGAAAAUAUUUCUGCGCGCCUGAUAGGGAACAGGAACUUGCUAGAUUUGCAUAAAUGGCAUGGCGGUGUCUUGUGCGGUGAAGGAGACAUCUACGCAGUUCCUAGUCAUGCUAAUACGGUGCUAUGCAUCGAAGUCGCUAAGUCUGAAGAGGAAGAAGAUGCAGUGCUCGAAAUCGCUAUUGAAGGAGGCACUUUUGAGGAAGCAAGUGCAAGUGCUGGAUCUAGUACUGAGGCUGUAAGUGUAGCAGAAGUGGAUGCAAGCGACCACUUUCCUCUUCAGAAGCCAAGUCGCAGGAAGCAGACUUACAAAUACGGUGGUGGUGUACUUGGCGCCGAUGGUUUUAUCUACUGUAUUCCAUCCGACGCAGACCGAGUCCUCCAGAUCGAUCCCCUUCAAAAGAAGGCCAAACUCAUCGGUCCUCAACUGUUGCCUGGUGUAAAGAACCGGUGGCAGAAUGGCUUUCUGGGGUCUGACAAUUGCAUCUACUGCAUCCCGUGUGAUGCAGAUUGUGUGCUGAAAAUCGACACAGCAAGACGGCAGGAGCAGGACGACACAGCUGUUGAAAACACAGCUGGCGAAAACACAGCUGGCGAAAACACAGCUGUUGAAAGCACAGCUGUUGAAAACACAGCUGUUGAAAACCGGCAGGACAAUCAUGCUGUCCAAGAUGCCACUACUACUAGGGCAUCGGACCAGAUCUCGCUUUUACCGCUUUCGGGCAGCUUGUUAACGAAGAAAGAAGCACAGCAGAAAGAGAAGUGGGAAGGGGGGACAGUAGGUCUUGAUGGCGCUAUGUAUUGUUUGCCACAGCAAUCGAAAAAAGUACUCAGAAUUGCACCCACUUGUGCCAGUUUGAAAGAACCGAGGACAUCACAGAAAUGAUCUUUACUCCUUCCACCUCUCCCUUAAUAUUAUUGCCUCUCCUGAGAGUGAGAAGUUUCAAAUAUGUUCGUCACUAAGAAGAUGACCUUCUCGUGGAGAACAGCCCGUCGUCCGACGCCGCGCCUGAAAAUGAUAACCUCAAAAUCGGUGCCAUAUGAAAUCAAAAUUGAUCUCUCGUACUAAUGGACAAGUACUAUGAUGAC